AAUAGCAACAGACGCCUCGUUUCGUUCAGUUCCCCCGUAAACAUGGCUGCUAAAAUAGCAGCUUUAUACCCAAAUCCUAGUUGGAAAAUGAUGAGACCAACAUCUACCCCUUGUUCAUUUGAAUUAUGUCAUAGAGAGAAUGAAAGCAGAAAUUCUACCCAAAUUAAGAGACCUGCUUCGACUAAGAUUGGAGAUUUUCUCGUUUCCGGCUCAAUACGGGAUCAAAUUCAAAACUACUAUAGUAAAGCAUCUGAAGAGGAUAAGACUAAAUGCUUAGAUCUCUUGAAAGCCUUAGAUAUUAGGGAACAAAACCGAAGUUCUUCCGUAAACUGCAGACCUUUAUCACCACAAUCUAAAAGACCAAGAACCGCAAUGGCUUAUUCAGCAAAACGAGGAGAAGUACCGGUGAGGGAGGAGCUAUAUGGUCCCUACGUAACUUCUUACAAAAGGCAAUUUAGGCCUAAAUCAUGUGUAGAAACAACAGCCGAAAGACCUCCCUCAACUCACGGGACUUAUACGUUACCAUCUCAAUUUAAAGGAGCUACUGGUAUGACUCAUUACGAAGAUGAGUAUUGGCAUAAGGAGAAUGGGAGGCAAGAACCAAUUAGAUCGGGUUCAUCGACCGGCAAUAGAAAUAACAAUCCUCAUCCUGGAGAGACUUUUAUGAUGUGGAAAUUCCCUAGAAGAAUGCAAUUCGAAGCUCAAACUGGUUCAUAUCCCGCUGAUUUAACUAACGAAAAGUUUGACGAAGUGAUGAGGGGAAAACUAAAAUCAACUUAUCAGCAGGACUUUUUGGGUUUACCGCAAGGUUACAGCAUUAAAAGCGCUUUUACGGAACCAGAUCAUGAUCCUAGAUCUAAAGCAAAAUAUACCCUGGACUCGACAAGCAGAGAAACGUAUCAGGGUGGCCGUGUAGUUGAACCGGAAUUGGCAACGUCGAACACUAGAUAUGCCUGCAAUAAAAAUAAGCAAAAAACGUCAGCUGGCUAUGAAAUGAAAGAAAACGUUUACGUACAACCGCAAACUAUUUCUGCUCUUGCUAAUAAUUUGCAAAGCAGCGCUGAAGCGCUAGGUCAGGAUACCGACACGCUACGAGCUAUGUUGGCAACUGUAAGGCAACCACGACCUCCGUCUAGCUAUCCUGGAUCUCGGGUUUCCACUAGGGCAUCUUCGUCUGUCUGCUCGAAAAAAGGGUCUUCAAGGCGCUUCGUUCCACCCACAACUUGCGUUUCCAGCCCUUGUCCAAGUGGAUGCUCUAAUGGCUUAAAAGCUGUGGGAGAGUGA